AUGCUUAAUUUAUCUACAAAUAUCAGUGAUGACUUAGUAGUGAUGUCGUCUUCUUCUCUUCUUGAAUCUUCUGAAGAGUCAGACAGUGAGAGUGUUAUUUUAAGACCACAUAUAUUAAAUAAAAUGGGCAAACCAUAUUUGCCUCAGUACGCAAUGUACAAACGUCAUGCGAUUUGCAUGCACCACUUCAACGUAAAGUGGCUUCAAGUUAUGGAGGAAUUGUCGUGGCGACUGAAAUCUAAAUCUAUGGAAACGUCAGGAGGGUCUGAAAGCUCCGGUGGAGAAGACGCUGAGGCGCGACGGUCACGACGUGGCCAUGUACUGGCCGAGCUUUUGCAGACUGAAAGGGCUUACGUUCAAGAACUUGGUUCUAUAAUUACUGGUUACAAAGAGGAGAUAGAAAAACCCGAAAACCAGCACGUUCUGCCUGCAGCUUUAGUUGGACAAGCGGAUGUGCUUUUUGGAAAUUUACAUGAGCUUUUCACAUUCCACCAGGAAGUGUUCCUCAAAGACUUGGAGAAAUCGAUUUCAGCCACAGAACUUGUCGCACUAUGUUUUGUUGAAAAGAGAGAAACCUUCUUCCGCCUAUACAGCUACUACUGCCAGAACAUCCCGCGGUCGGAGCGGUUGCGCGAGACGUUGGUGGACACGCACCUGUUCCUGCAGGCGUGUCAACAGCGCCUCGGGCACAAGCUGCCUCUAGCUGCGUACCUUCUUAAACCUGUGCAGAGAAUCACUAAAUACCAACUGUUGCUUAAGGAUCUCCUACGUUACAGCGAGUGUGGAUCGAUGAGCUCGGGGCUGCAGCGGGCUUUGGACUGCAUGCUGGUAGUGCUCAAGUGCGUGAACGACUCUAUGCACCAGAUAGCCAUUACCGGUGUACCUGUGGACCUCAGUCAACAAGGCGAAUUAUUACUGCAAAGUUCAUUCCUUGUGGUGUCAGAAAAUAAACGCGACCUUCGGCUAAGGAUACGACCGAGGCGUCGACAUAUUUUCCUCUACGAGAAGGCCAUGCUCUUCUGUAAGCCCGCUGCGAAGAAUAGCCACAAUAAGGCUACCUAUCAUUUUAAACAUGAUCUCCAAAUGUCACAAGUCGGCCUGACAGAGUCUGUGAAGGGCGACGCGCGCAAGUUCGAGGUGUGGCGGCAGGGGCGCGCGGAGGUGCACACGAUCACGGCGCCCAGCGCGGACGUGAAGCGCGCGUGGGUGGAGCGCAUCAAGCGCGUGCUGCUCGACCAGCUCAACGAGCUGAAGGGCGAGCGCGUGCGGCAGUACGGCGCGCAGCAUCACCGGACACUAAUACAAACGAGCUCGUGGGACCUGGGCCCGGGCGCGGUGCCGGGGGCGCGCGGCGGCGCGGCGGCGCGCGCGGCCUCCUGCGACGCGCACGACGAGCCCUGCUGGUCCACCGACCCCUCCGACGACGACGACGAUGACCCCGAACACGCGCCGGUGACGGAGGCCGUGGGUCUCAACGGUACCAUACACAGAAUGCUCUAUUCGCUGAACAUUAACUGUGGUGCGGUGGGGUGUGCGUUGGUGGCGCUGUCGGACUACACGGCGGUGGGCGCGAGCGAGGUGUCCCUGCGCGAGGGACAGCACGCCGACCUGCUCAAGGUGGGCUGUGCCGGCUGGUGGUACGUGCGUCUGGCAGGUGGACAAGGAGAAGGUUGGGCGCCGGCAGCAUAUUUGGAUCAACGCAAGACCUCGCGCUCGUCGAGUCGCUCGCACGACCGUCUGCACGACCAC